ACUUAUUUCAAUCGAUAUUUUAAUUGAUUAUCGGUUGAACUUUUCCAUCUCUAGAAUCAAAAUGAAUAUUUUGCCAAAGAAACGCUGGCAUGUGCGCACCAAGGAAAACAUUGCCCGCGUGCGCCGGGAUCAAGCGGCUGCCGCAGCGGAAGAGAAAAUCCGCCAGGACAAAUUGGAAUUUGCAGAGAGCGAGGCACGUAUAAACUUUUUGCGUCGACAGUCAGGUCUGCCGGAAAAGGUAUCCUGUCCCAAGGAAACCCCAAAGACUCCGGAAUCCAGCACUGAACCAACGCAAGGAGUAGAUCUCUUUGCAGAUUAUAGAAGCCACGUGAAAACAACCAACAAGGACCUAGAAAAGGAACAAAAGGAGGAGCAGGAGAAGUACGAGAAGCAGAUUGGCUACCUCACCUACUUGGGCCAAGAUACCAACGAAGCGCUUAAAGUGCGUAGUUGGUACGAAGUGGCCCCCAAAAGGCAAGAAGUUGGAGAUCCCAAUACUACAGAAGCCCAUCUCAAGCAAAAGCUACCCCACGAUCCUCUGACGCUUAUCAAUGCCCUGCUUCCGCCUGAAAAGAAGGACCAAAAAAAGGUAAUCAAGAGAAAACGAGAAAGGACACCUACUCCUCCGCGGGAUCCCCCACCUUCCCAUAAAAAGUCUAAAAAACACAAGAAGGAGAAGAAGCAUAAAAAACACAAAAGCAAAAAAGAAUCUAAGGAAAGUCUUUUGACCGCCGAACGACAAAAACGCGAGAAGCUGGAGAGACUGAGAAAGGAACGCCUGCGCCGGGAAACAGCGGAGCGCCAGCGUUCAGAGGCACUUUUUGCGCCAAAGGACUCGGCAGUGCCCGCCAGUGCAGCAUCCACUCCAGCUCCCACGCCCAGAAUCGUACAAAAGUACAAUAGCCAGUUCAAUCCAGAAUUCGCCAAGCAAAAUAUGGUUUAGGACAGGCAUAAAAGUUCAUCGAGUAGAAUCAACAACAUAUACAUAUGUAAUAAUUUAAAUAAUUAUUUUACAUAAGAUUGUUUUUUAAAGAUAAUUUAUUAUUUAAAAUUAAAAU